CUGCCUACUGCUUAAUACUGAGCCAGAGCUGGAGCUGGCAGGUAGCGGAGAGGAGAGAGGAGGAGAGAAGAGGAGAAGAGAGGAGGAGAGAAGAGGAGAAGAGAGAAGAGGAGAGGGGAAUAGCUGGGGGUGGAGAAUGCACGCCUGCUCCCACAAAGCCUCGGCAUAGCGACACACACGGAGCAUAUGGAAGCACGGAGACACACACGGAAAGUUCACCCAGCCGCCGAUCACCGUUGAAUGCCGGCAGGAUGGUUGCGAUGUCUCGGUGAUGGAUGGGAAGGGACCGGCAGGCUGCUGAUCGUUGUGUACCGGGGGGAGAUCUGGGCGGACGGGCGCUGUGUGUUCGGGAUGAUCUGUGUUCAGCACCGCGGAGAGCGGCCGGUCGGUGUGUCCCCGCCGGUGAUGACAGCCCGGUGCUGAGCUGUCACUUCUAGAUUAUUAUUAUUAUUUUGGGGGGGAGAUCGUUGUUCCUGCAGGAGGAUUACAGAGCCUCAAUAUUACCACCCCCCCAAUUCCUUCCCAGGGAUCCUUGGUUUUCCACGGACUGCUGAUCUACCCAUCGUAUGCCCGAUCUGCCCACCUAUGGGAGACUGUGGACCGUAUGGCGUGCUACUACCUUGUCAUCAGCUCCACUCAUCUCAGCAAUGGGCACUUCCGUAGUAUUAAAGGAGUUUUCAGGGGGCCCCUCCGCAAGACUGGCACCACCUUACCGGGCUACGCGGAGAAAGGAAAAAGCAUAGCGAAUGCUCUGGAGGACCUGAAGGCUAAUUUCUAUUGUGAAUUAUGUGACAAGCAAUACCACAAGCACCAGGAGUUUGACAACCAUAUUAAUUCUUAUGACCACGCUCACAAACAGAGAUUAAAAGAACUGAAACAAAGAGAAUACGCUCGCAAUGUGGCUUCCAAGUCGUGGAAAGAUGAGAAGAAACAGGAGAAAGCGCUUAAACGCCUCCAUCAACUCGCGGAGCUCCGCAAGCAAACCAACUGUGUUGCAGAUGAGGGGCCAAUAUUUAAAGCACCCAGAUUAAAGGGACCACAGGAAGAUAUUGGUUCAAACAGAGAUGACAGAACAGCAAGCUCAAGAUGUGUAGUCAUGUGCAGCAGAGAUGCUAUCACCAGCAAUGUUGAGGAGCCUAAGCAAGACGUCUUAAAUGACCGAGAGGUGCUGAAAAACAGCAGCUGCUGCUACACGGGAAAUCAAACCCAGCAGCCUCCCUCAAACAGCAGCAAUGUCAACAGCAGAGCAGGAGUCUCUUUCUGCUUCUCGAAGAAAGCGUUACUUAAACUGGAUUCGUCAGCCUCUGUUUUCAAUGAGAGCACUGAAGAAGCAAAUGAAUGCAGCCAAUUUUUCCACCACAAAGAGAAGCAAAUGUCUGUAAGCUUUAGACACUAUGCACAUGUCAGUGAGACGGCAGUGGAAAACAGCUCUUCUUCUCAGCAAGAUGAAACGGGCACGUCCCUGGCAGACAACGCGGCUGAAAAUGCAGAGAAGUUUAAGGAUGACAAAGCCAGUCAGGAAAACACAAAGGAACAGAGCGAGAUUGCCCAAUCAAACAUAACAGCUGAAAUGCAAUCUCCAGACACCACUUGCACAGAUCAACCGAGUCCAAAAGAAGUUAAUGUGACUUCAGAGACUGAGAUCACUUCCAAAACUCAAACUGAAGUCCAUUGCCAAGCUGAGAGCUCAGAACAAGAGACUUGUUCCAACAAGCACACAGUCGCGGAUGCAAUAUUACUCGAGCAUUUGUCCAAUUUGCUUACUCAAAAACAUGGCGAGACAGAAGGAGGUUGCAAUGAGGGAAACUCAAUGGCAUCCAAUGAUGCUGCUCCAAACUCUACUGAAUGCCCAACGCACUCAUUAGGUGAAUCUUUAAAUACUAAUACUCAAGCCAAAGCACUAUCUUUUCUUAGUGUUUUGAGCAAAGAUGGCAAUACAAUCCUCCAAUGGCCCACAGAACUUGUUUUGUUUACAAAAACUCAGCCUUCAAUAUCUUAUGCUUGCAACCCCUUAUAUUUUGAUUUUAAAUGCUCUCAAAAAAAUAAAAGCAGGACAUCAAAAGAAAGAGUGGCACAGAGUAAUGAGCAAAAUUAUGAGAGUAAAAAUGACUGCAGAACCUCAGGAACCAACACCGAAAAAGGAACGGAAAAUGAUGACUGGAUGCCAAAGAGACAAAAAGUUCACUUGGAGGAUAGGUCAGAAAAACAAAUGGAAUUUUCAGAAAAUUAUGAAAUGGCAACAGAGGUUACGCACAAAGCCAAGUUCAGUAACUUUCAAGAUUAUAGACCUCAAAAAUCUACUGAUUUGAGUCAUCCACAAAACUGUUUAGUUAGAGAAAGCCACCAUUCGAGAAGACGGAGAAGACAGUCAGAUUAUAGCAGUUCUUCAAAAAACAUGCCUUCAAAAAUGGAGUUGAAAAGAAAGAGGUUUGUGCAUGAGGACCAGUUGGACUUUAAGAACAAAUGGAACACCUCGGAUAAAACGAGGAAAAGAAAACAGCGCAGUCGGUAUGAAAGUGACCUUAGUUGGGAAAGCAGUGAUGGUAAUAAAGAUUCUGAUAGCGAUAUAAGUUCAAGCGUAUCUGCAAAGUCAUCCCUUUCACGCAUGUCUUCUUCUAGUUCUUCCAUGAGCAGUAGUUCAACAUGUAGGCAUGAAGGAGUUGUGGGCAGAACUUCAACUUAUGUAGCUGCUUUAGAGAGAGAAAGCUAUACAGACAUAAAGCACAACAGUGAUAUGUCUUCAGAAAGUGACUGUAAUUCUGAAGUUGGACAGCAAUUAAAAUGUAGAUGCAAAAAUGAAAAGCACAAAACAUCUGGUGAGACAUCCAGGCAUGGAAAUGGAGAGAACCGUGUUUGUUCUAAGCAUUGCAAGAGUAGAAAUCGGUCUUGGAAAACAUUGGAUGAUGUAGGAAAAGAGUCUAAGGUGAACAGAUCGCAUUCUGUACAAGAGGUUAGCAAUGAAAGCUCCAACAUUGUAGACUCAAGAACCAUUACUCCUAGUGCUUCCCUAAAAGAAACAAUUUCUCCAUCACAUUUCCUCAAACGUCCACAUAAUACAGAAAAUGAUAAUAAUAGUGAUAUAAAUGAGUGCUUGUAUAACAGUUAUUUUCCAGAUAUACCUCUUUCCUUGAACUGUACGAAUAGUACUUCAGAAAACACAGUACAACAUACAAUAGUGAAAAAGACAUUCAUUUCAGAGUUUCUUUCAGAGGAUGAACAAUCUUCAAAGCAAGCAGUGGAUGAUAAUAUCAAUCAUGGUAUAGGAUUGAAUAAGCCCUCUCAUAAUUUCUUUGAUGUAAGCUUUCCUCCAGAGGAUCCCAGUAAUAUACCCCUCCCUUUGCAUGAUGCUAUAACAACUUACACCAACAAUGGUACAGAUCCCGUACUGGAAAUUUUGGUAGACAAUACUGAAUCCAAAGGCUCACAAACUUAUAACGUCACUUUAACUGCAAAUACUGAUAAUUCCCCUUUGGAUGAUAUAAAUCUCAUGGAAACAGAAUGCAGAAUGGACGUUCCUGUUGAGGAACCCCAAGGACAAUUGUUUAGCCAAGUGCAAACUUUUAUGCAAAGCCCUGACCCAGUUCACCUUAACUUCUCUUGUGGGUUGCCCUCUGUACGAUAUACUGCUGGAACUGGUUCACUCAACACCAAAGAAGAACAAAAGAGACCGGGACCUCCAGAUAUACCUAUGAGGCUGGGUCCUGUAGAAGGCAAUUUUAAAUGCUUUUAUGAGAGCACUAUGCAGGAUUAUAGACAAAUAGACCAUAAUCGAAGGUUCCACCAUAAGUCAUCACCUCCUUCUUCAGCACAACAACCCAUAACAUUUUCACCUGAUGAAGUUGACAAAUAUAAACUAUUGCAACUCCAGGCACAACAGCAUAUGCAGAAACAGCUGCUGACAAAGCAUUUUAAAGCUCUGCCAGCCAAUGGUUCUCCUGCUUUUUCAAAUGCACAAACUGUUCAACCAGUCUCUGUCCAACCCCACCCAUCCAUCACCACCAUCCACCAUGCCUUUAUGCAGCGCUAUGCUGUCACAGCCGCCAUGCAUUCCCAUGUCAGCCACUUUCCAAUGCCACAUCUGAAUCCUUUGCCUCAGUCACAGUUUACCCCCAUGCAUCUUUCUUCCUUAACACCAACCAUUAUUCCCACACAUCCGCAGCUUAUAGCUGGACAUCCUUUGGCCCAUCCACUUCAUCUGGUAUCAUCAGCUGCUAUCCACCCCGCUCAUUUGACUAUUCAAGCAAUUCCGCAUGCCACCCUCAUCCCAACCUUCCUUACACCCCAUCCUAACACAGGAAUGCACCCUUCAUUACAACUGCACCCUUUCAUCCACCCAUUGUUCCAAGGGCAAGACUUUCACCAUCAUUCUGGACCUAGUUACCCCCAUUAAUAUUUGCUACAAUUAACUAUACUGGUAACCUAGAGUAUAUUACAUUAGGGAUUAAUUUCUGUUAGUUAAGUUGUUUUUAUUUUAUUUUUAUCUCACCCAAACACCCAAUAAACUUUCUUUUUUAUAUUACUCAUUAUUUUUUAGAACAUUUUUAACAAUGACUGUUUUAAGUUGAAUUCAUACCAACCUAGUUUCAAGAGUUACAGAAUUUAUGUUUAUUGUACUGCUUGAUUGUCCAUUUGAUAUGGUAUAUGAUGUGAAUUUACUAUGAUGAAAAUGCAAUUAUUUUUAAUAAAACAUAAAAAGUUAUUGAGAUGUCUACAGGACAACACAGAAAAGUAAAAAUUAUUUCUCAACCAAA